AUGCUGCGUUACAGCUCCUGCUCUCCUUCCUCCCCGUCCGCCGUCCCUCACACCCAUCACGCACGCUACCAAAAACAGCAACCCAACCCACUCAUGGAGUCGCGUCUCUCCACACUCCACGCACAGAAAACCAAAAGCCGCACGACAACAUCGCCACGCCGAGCAGUCUCCCAUGCGCGCGCGACCUCAGAAACAAGGCACAGCUCUACAUUAUGGCGUGUCGUCUUCCUCCGUGCGCCCAUCCACGUCUCUAAAACGCCGAUACCAACAACGCCACGGAAACGAGGGGAGAAGAAAAAAGGGUUAAAGUUGCAUCCGAUGCACCAAGUUCCAGGCGCGACGUGCCGUGCAGUACAAAAUCGCUUUCUGGUUUCCGACAUGUCGUCUUUUCCCCUCCUUCACUUGCGCAAAAGGCCAACUCCAUACUCUAAGAAACAGGUCUACAGGAGCACGAUAUUGGACUCGCGGGGGCUAGGAGCCAGAUCAGAUCACUUUAAAUCGACGGUCAAAACGCCCUUAUGUGGCCGGAGGGUCUGGGAAGAAUUAGUGAGCGGAAGGAGGGCUUGA